AUGCAAGUGCGACGACCACGGCAGCUGCUCGUGCACGCAGCGUUGUGGCUCGAGCGGGUACGUUUGCGACUAUUGCCAGCGGUGCAGCUGCGACGCCCACGGCUCGUGCAACUCCGUCGACAGACACUUUGGCACUCGGUAGCUUUGGCUGGCGCGAACCUCACGCAGACCAGCCGUUGCGGCAAGCAGGGGCAGGUGUGCGCCGACGGCACGGGGUGCAAGAGCGACGGCCACGGCAACUGCGCACAUACGCAGCGCUGUGGCUCGAGCGGGUACCUGUGCGACUACGACCAAGAGUGCAGCUGCGACGCCCACGGACCGUGCAAUUGCGUCGACAGACUAACCUUGGCCCUCGGUCGCUUCAGCUCUGGCGCCAACCUGACGCAGACCAGCCUUUGCGGCAAGCAGGGCGAGGUGUGCGCAGACGGCACGGGGGACAAGUGCGACGGCCACGGCAGUUGCGCUUGCACGCAGCGCUGCGGCUCGAGCGAAUGCCUUUGCGACUACGGCCAGGAGCGCAGCUGCGAUGCCCACGGGGCGUGCAGCUGCGGCUUUGGCGCUGAUCUGACGCAGUCCAACUGUUUCGGCAAGCAGGGCGAUGUGUGUGCCGAUGGCACUGGGUGCGAGUGCGACGAUCACGGCAGCUGA